AUGCCUAAAGUGGAAGGGUGGGCAGUGCGUUUUAUGGCGGCCAGGCUGAAUUCUGAAAACAUUGCUAAUAACUGGGAACUCACGCAGUUGCUGAACAGUGACAGUUUAAGUGACGCCUGCCUGCAACACAUGAAGGCUACCUUUGAGGCAACAGUUGCCAACGAUUUUUUCAUUCAGCUGGCCGCUGAUGCUGUCCUGUCUUUGCUGCGGGCAGAUGACCUUCAAGUGGAUAGCGAAGAAACUGUACUAAAGGCGAUUGGAUGCUGGGUCAGUCCACUCGGCAAAGUGGAUAAAGGACGAUUGCGGCACGCAGAAGCGAUGAUGAGGGAAGUGCGAUGGGAUUAA